GCGGUGGUUGGGUAGCGCCGCUUCUGUAGAGGAGGAGGAGGAAGGAGGAUGGCGGAGUCCGGGCUCUUGACGGAAUUCUAAUGAGCCUUUGACCUUCAACUUUUUACUAGUUGGAAUGUGUUAUCAAGUUUGGGUACAGUGCCUUCCGAACCAACAUGUAACAGAUGAAUGUCACUUUAUACAAGUUGCUACUUCAAGCAGCAGUUUUGACUCUGUAGGAUCCCUGUAUCUUCAAGCUUGAAUUUCAGUUUGUUGUUGUAAAUAGAAUAAAAGAAGUUCAUGUAGUGCUUGUUCUAGCUUGAGUCAUCAUGAGUAGCAGUGUAGGAAAAGAAAAAGACUGUAAAGAGAAAGAUCCUAAAGUGCCGUCAGCCAAGGAAAGAGAAAAGGAGGCAAAGGCCUCUGGAGGUUUUGGAAAAGAGAGCAAAGAAAAGGAACCUAAGACCAAAGGGAAAGAUGCCAAAGAUGGAAAGAAAGACUCCAGUGCUGCGCAGCCAGGUGUGGCUUUUUCUGUGGACAAUACUAUCAAACGUCCCAAUCCAGCUCCUGGGACUCGAAAAAAAUCUAGCAAUGCUGAAGUGAUUAAAGAGCUAAACAAAUGCCGGGAAGAGAAUUCAAUGCGAUUGGACUUAUCCAAGAGAUCUAUACACAUGCUUCCUUCAUCAAUCAAAGAAUUGACACAACUAACAGAACUAUAUUUGUACAGUAACAAAUUACAGUCUCUCCCAGCAGAGGUAGGCUGUUUAGUGAAUCUAGUAACACUGGCACUGAGUGAAAACUCACUGACCAGUUUGCCUGACUCUCUCGAUAACUUGAAGAAGCUUCGCAUGCUUGACCUGCGACAUAACAAACUGAGGGAAAUUCCUUCAGUGGUGUAUAGGCUAGAUUCUCUCACCACUCUUUAUCUUCGUUUUAAUCGAAUCACUACUGUGGAAAAGGAUAUCAAAAAUUUGUCAAAACUCAUCAUGCUUAGCAUUCGGGAAAACAAAAUCAAACAACUACCUGCUGAAAUUGGUGAAUUAUGUAAUCUCAUAACCUUGGAUGUAGCUCACAAUCAAUUGGAGCAUCUUCCAAAGGAGAUUGGAACCUGCACUCAAAUCACCAACCUUGAUUUGCAGCACAAUGAACUCUUGGAUCUUCCUGAAACUAUAGGAAACCUAUCCAGUUUAAAUCGUCUUGGACUAAGGUAUAACAGACUGUCAGCAAUACCAAGGUCAUUAGCAAAAUGCAGUGCACUUGAGGAGCUGAAUUUAGAAAAUAAUAACAUUUCUACUUUGCCAGAGGGUCUACUAUCAAGUCUUGUGAAUUUGAAUAGUUUGACACUAGCUAGAAAUUGCUUCCAGUCAUAUCCAAUGGGAGGUCCAUCUCAGUUCUCCACCAUCUAUUCCCUUAAUAUGGAACACAACAGAAUCAAUAAAAUUCCAUUUGGAAUUUUCUCUAGAGCAAAAGUAUUAAGCAAGCUGAAUAUGAAGGACAAUCAGUUGACCGCCCUUCCCUUGGACUAUGGAACUUGGACCAGUAUGGUAGAAUUGAAUUUAGCUACCAAUCAGAUUACAAAAAUCUCUGAGGAUGUAUCAGGACUUGUUUCUCUUGAGGUUCUAAUAUUGUCAAAUAAUGUUCUGAAGAGGCUCCCUCAUGGCCUUGGAAACCUUCGGAAGUUAAGAGAAUUGGACCUAGAAGAGAACAAACUAGAAUCAUUGCCUAAUGAAAUUGCUUAUCUUAAAGAUUUACAGAAAUUAGUCCUAACGAACAACCAAUUGAAUAAUCUUCCCCGAGGAAUCGGUCACCUUACCAAUCUCACACAUCUUGGCCUUGGAGAGAACCUGCUUGCCCAUCUUCCUGAGGAAAUUGGUACACUGGAGAACCUAGAAGAACUAUAUUUGAAUGACAACCCUAAUCUUCAUGGCCUUCCUUUUGAAUUGGCUCUUUGCAGCAAACUGUCAAUCAUGAGUAUCGAGAACUGUCCACUCAGUCACCUUCCACCUCAGAUUGUUGCAGGAGGACCAUCUUUCAUCAUUCAAUUUCUAAAGAUGCAAGGUCCAUAUCGUGCCAUGGUCUGAUGCAAAUCAGUUGUCCCAAACACUGUACAAAAUAUAAACUUCAUUAAUGUUGUCUCAUAUCUAUAUCUGUAUCUCUGUUUGUAGAUAUUGAUAUAUAUAUGGCAGAUUUAUUAAGACUGCGUUAUGUGUUUCUGCUAAUAGAGGAAUCAUAGCCAUUUAGAUUUUUUUUUAUUCUGUACAAAAUGCUUGUUUGAGUUUUCUUUGCUGAAUUUGAUGGAUUUUUGUCUAUUGAGUCAUAUGUAAUACCAGUUCACUUAAUACAUUUGCCAACAAAUUUAAAAAAAUAUUAAAUUUAAGGGACAAAAGUAGUAUUGUUAGAUAGACUUUCUAUUAGGAAAAAUAAUGUACAAAUAUUUGUUGCAACUUUUCAUAUUCGUUUUUCCCUUCUCCUUGUCAGAACUUAUAAUGUCAUACACCCUAAAGAUAGAAUUUUUCUUUAACUUAUUUUGAGAUUUGAAACAAAUGGUUUUUUAUAUAUUGUUUACAGUCAGAGUAAAUCACUGGAUUUUUUUAUUUGUUUUGAUUUGCUCUGUUUUAAUCAAUCAUAACUAGAAUUUAUAUGCUUCUGCUGAAGAAUUUGUAUCAGCUAGUUUAUAUACAAAAAGAUUUGCUCAAUGAAAUAACUGGUAAACUGAAAAGAUGCAGCCAAAAUGCUUGAAUUCUUGUAAUUAUACUUCUCUGAAUUAUCAUUUGUGAGGCAAAACUUAUCUGAACUGAGCCUUUGAGGAGGGUUGGGAGAAAAUAAAGGGGACAUGACAUCUUUUCUAGCACAGAUUGGGGGAAGAAAUACAGAAUUGGUUCAGUGAAAAGCAGUUAUUGUUUUGGGAAGUUGCAGUUAGACAAAAUCUAAUACAGUUUGAUUGGCAAGAAAAUCUCAUCCACAUACACUUUAUGUAUAAAUAUACAAUCCUAUGUAGAUGUGUAUUUAUUAUGACCUUAAUGACAUCAAGUAAUGUUGAGGAUUUCUCCCCAUCCAUGUACAAUGAAUGAAUUGAAUGUCUCUUACUUUUUAAACACUGCAAUAUAUGUAAGUUUUAGGGUUAUUUAACAUGUACUCUGGUUUUAUAUCUUGACUUGCCUUGUACAUCUUUCAAUCCUGGAAUUUCUGCAUCCAAGCACAAUAUCUUCACACUGUGCUGUGUUGCUGCUGAACUAAAUGCACUUUUCCCUGUAUUUGGGGUACUUGCUUCAAAGAAUUCAGUUCAGUAUCAUGUAUCAUUCAUUAUAACUUUACCCUUUCCCUCAGUAGUUACUCAAGAGGCACAUAUUGAAUUGUGCAAAGAAGCUAUUGAUAGCUCAGUGGAAAUACUGUAAGUUGUGCAUGUAUUCUCUGAUAACUUUUCUUUUUUCAUAUUUCAUUAAGGCUAACAGUGUUGUCUAAGUGGCACACAUUUCCUACAGUACUGUUCUUUUUGUAGUGCCAGUAUAAAUUAUUUUCAUUAUCAUUGAAACUCAAAGGGCAGUUACAUUCCAGUUGGUAUCCCCUUUGUAGUAGAUAUAAAUUGUCAAUUGCUAUUUUUUGCCAUUUAAGUGGGAUUUGUAUAUUUUGAAAAAAAAUCUUAUCAAUUAUUGGGAUGGAUGAGUAAGGUGGUAUUGUUUGUGUGUCUUCCCCCCUCCCCCCCUCAAAACUCAGUACAGUUAAGGAUUGUACUGCCUUAGGCUAGAAUCACUCUUAUUUUAUGUGACAUUUUCAUAAAGAAGAAUGUUAAAAUAGAAGGCAUAUGGAGAUAUAGAAUACUAGGGGAUUUAUAUGUGCUGUAAAAAUUAUUGUGGAUAUCACUGGAUUGUACCAGGUAAUAUCUUUUUUUUUCUCUUUUUCCAUCUGUUGUGGCUUUUCAGUUUAAAUUUUGUUUUAUAAAGAAUUAUUUUAUUACUGGUCUAACUCUUAGAGUCGUUCCCCCCCCCCCCCAACUUAAAUGUGUUAAAAUAUGAAAAUGCUUAAAAUUGAGUUUUAAAGACCAUAAUCUAAUUUUUUGGAAAAUAAUUGAAAAGAUUUGUGAUCAUUAUAACUCUUUAAAAUGAAAAUAGAUGCCCCAUAUCUCUUAAAUUAUAAGUUUCCUAUGCUUUAAUAUGAGGAAUGUCUACUUAAUAUAUUAAUCUAUUACAAUGGGGCAAAGAUAAAGCCAUUUUAUUGUAGUACUGAAGCUACUUGAAAAAGAGAAAAUGAGGGGCCAUUGUAAAGACUUUUAAUGAGCAUAAGUCAGUUUUCUAAUGGCUGCCUCUUUGUAAAACAGCAUAUAGAUUUCUUUGCCUCUACAAGCCAGAAACAAGCAUGAACUUUAAUUGGGCUAUGCUCAUUAAACAAGAUGUUUCAUAUGUAAAUAGCUUGAUCUGAAUUUUCACCGAAAGGUGUUUUGCUAAAAUGAUCAGAACUGACCCUCUUCCUGAAAUUGCAAUGGGUUGAGUAGUUGGUUUACCUAAAAUAACAUGCUUGCUGCUUUCUUUUAAAGAAAAUAUGACCAGUCUCUCCAUUAUCCUGUGAGUAAAUAAAACAAAAAAAUGUAGAAAAAGACUAUGGUAUGAAAGAUCAUUUUUGAAAAUUUUCCUUCUUUUAAUAUGUGGUAGCUAAACGGCAAUGCUACUUAACUCUUUGAGGAGGUGUUGGGUGGGGGUGGGGGAGUGGAGGUUGGUGUAUGAGUAUAUCUGUCUGUCUCCCAAGUGGUUAUUUCCUACGUAAAAAGGGGAAAUACAAAAAAAGUUUUGUGGAAAUAAGUAAUUAAAAACAACAACAACAACAAUAUGUAAUAGAAACUCUAGGAAGAAAAAUAUGCAUAAAAUGCAUUUUUGUAAUUGUAAUAUUAAAAGCUGGGUACUGUAAUUGGAAUGAGCUUUUAAUAGUUCACUUGCAUAUGUCUGAUUUAUAUUACUAUGUAUUUUGAAUCAUUUAAGAUGGAUAAAGUACUCUGUGGCAAAAUGUACUUAGUUUUUUUAAAUUCUCCAUUAUGUUUUGUGGAUCCCUUUAGUUUUAAGUGUAUGUAUUGUGCCAAAUUUCAGCUGGCAGACUACUUUUGCUUAUCUGUGCAAAUAGUUCAUGAUCAGAUUCACAAUGGAGAGGCAAGCAGUACAAUUUAAAAUAAGCAAGAAAAGGAAAUUAUAUUGCUAGGCAAAAUAAGAUAAAAUAUUUCUUUCUACUAGAAUUAAUGGUAAGAUAUAUUAGUUAUAACUUUCCAUUUUAAUAUUGCUCUGUUCUUAUGACAGAUAAUUCUUCUGGAGUUAAUUAGUAGAAAUUAAAAAGGAUAACAGUCUUUAGUUAUGGAAGAAUCUUUGUGUUAUGAAUGUAAAAAAAGCUUGGUGUUCAUCUGGAAUUCAAGAGCGUAACCUUAAGAGCUAAAAUUUAUAGGAUAUUAUCAGGAGUAUGUUAUGGUAAUAAAAUCAGUAGUAGUGAAUUAGUAUAAAUUUGAUAUAGUGUGAACUUGACCACAGUAAUUAGGAAAGGGAAAUAUUAAAAAUUUUUGAAAAAUAAAUAGGAAAUAUAGUGUGUAUGUUUAGACAUAUGGACAUACAUAUAUGAGUGAGUUUUGUGGAUUUCAGAUUUAAUUAAAUGAGUGAUUAGUACCCAAGAACAAAAAAGAAAAACUUUUUCUUAAUGUUAGUGUUAUCUCACAUAUAUGUAACAUCCAAGUAAGUGAAAUUAAUCUGAACAAAUCAAUUAUAACCAAAACAUAUCUCAGUGUAGGACAAUAGUGGUGGAUUGGAAGGAAAGAAAGACAUUUUCCCUUCUCCUUCCUACUUGUAGGGUGAGAAAGAAUAAUUUUAAAAGCCUGGUCAUAACUAUAUCAAUAAUAACAGCUCACAUUUGUAUAUAAAGCAUUUUAAGGUUUUCAAAGUAAUUUCUUUACAACAAUCCUAUGAGUUAAGUAGAUACUGGCAAGUAUUAUUGCCACCCUUUAGAGAAGAGUAAAUUAAAACUUAGGUUAGGUAGUUUCCCGAGGAUCAAACAGCUAGUAAGUGUCAGAGCCAAAACUCAAUCCCAGGUCUAAUGAGAAGUCCAGGGCUCUUUAUACCACACCAUGCUGCCUCAGAUUAUUCUGUGAAGAAUGAUCCUGAUAUUGAUUGGAUAAUAGGAUUAUGUGAGUGACAAUUUUUUAGCAUGUUACAUGUUAGGGGAAACCUAAAAAAUGAUUCAAUUUUGAAAGUUUUAUUGUAGGAUAGAUGGUGCUUCAAUGAAUGUCCUUUAGGUUUCUGUGCUGUCUUGUCUACUUUUGGCCUUUGCCAGUGUUAUAUAGGAUUAGCAUGUUCAGAUUUUGAAAGCUAAAUAUAUCAGUAGCAUUUGCAUCAGCCAUAUAUAUUAUUUUCUUCUAAUGAUUUUGGGGAAUACUUUUUUCAGCUGGUAAGCACUUAAAUAUGAUCUUCCCACCAACCUCAUUUUGUAUUAUCUAAAAAUACAACAUAAAGAGGAGUGUUUUAGUUUACUCCCGAACCUACUUUUUUCAAUAUAAAUUUUAAUUACAGAAAUUCUAAAACAUGUCAUCAAAUAAUCUUGUCUUGAGUUAUUCUGACCUUGAAUAUUGAUGCAAUUUUUUAACAUAUCACCGAUUACAAAGUCUUCUUGUAGCAAUUCAACAACUUGAAUGCAGCAAAGUAUUUGUGUAUAGUCAGUAGUGCCCCACGGUUAUAUCUUUAAAUAUGCAUGUUAAAACUUGAUUUUAAUUAAGGUAUACAGGUGGCAGUCAUUUGCACAACAUGACAAAUUUACAAGGCGCAAACAUGAUAAUAUCUACAAACAAUAUCUAAAGGUUUGGGGGUUUAUUCCAGCAAAGAUCAAUGCAUCUUCUGAUGUGUAGGUCUUAACCAGGACUGCACAGAACUUAAGGAUGUGGAAAAUACUGGGCCACAUUCAGUUGUGGUUAAAAGCUAAACAAAGUGUAAACAGUCCAUAAAAAAUGUACUUUUAUUCUCACUUGUACUGUUGAUUGUUUUGUCUAUAUAAAAAUUGCCUUGCCUUUUUUUUUAUAAGUCA